CAGCUUGUGCUCUAAUUCUCAUUACAAAAAUCCUGGAUGAAGCGAAAGCAGAGCAGUAGCAGCGGCUACGCACUGAUGAACCCUGUGCUGGAUCUAUAUAUAAGUUAGAUAAACGGAGAGGAUCUGUGUGUGAGAGUCUGAUCACUGGAAUUAACACGCGUUAAUUCAUACCAGAGAAUCACUGGCAGGACAUGGCUGAGAGCGGCUCAGACCAAGUUGGUGACAUGAAACAUGACAACGCUUCUUCCCCUGGAAUUUCAGACCAAGAGAAGGAGAUGGCCACGAAUGCUUUUGAAGCAUUUACGGCCGGCAACUACGAUGAUUCCUUAAAACAACUCGAAAGUCUUCAGGAACUGAACAAGGAGGACUAUAAGAUAGCCCUGAACAAAGCUGUUGCUGAGUUCUACAAAAGUGGGCAAGCAACCACUGGCACGUUGAAGCAGACGUUAAUGACAAUAAAAAAUCAGGUUCAUACUGCGGUGGAAGACAUUGAUGGUUUAGAUGAUGUAGAAAACAGCAUCCUCUACUACAAUCAAGCCAUCAUUCACUACCACAUGCGGCAGUACUCUGAAGCCAUAUCUAUUGGGGAAAAGCUCUACCAGUUCCUGGAACCGUUUGAAGAGAAGUUUGCUCAGGCGGUGUGCUUCCUGCUGGUGGACCUUUACCUGCUUACCUUCCAGCCAGAGAAAGCGCUGCAUCUUCUUGCUGUUCUGGAGAAGCUUUCAGUACAAGGCAACAGCAAGAAUGGCAAAGGAGAGAGUAACAACACAGCCAGAGAAUCCGCUGUUCAAAAAGCUGAGUUUGCUGCCAUGAUUGAGGCAGCCAAGUCUCGAAUGCACCAGUAUAAGGUGCGUGCUUAUAUUCAGAUGAAGUCUCUGAAGGCGUGUAAAAGGGAGAUCAAGUCUGUUAUGAACACAGCUGGAAACUCUGCACCUUCUCUGUUCCUGAAGAGUAAUUUUGAGUAUCUGAGGGGAAACUACCGUAAAGCUGUGAAACUUCUCAAUAGCUCCAAUAUAGCUGAGCAUCCUGGACCUCUUAAAACAGGCGAAUGCGUGCGAUGCAUGUUCUGGAAUAAUUUGGGGUGUAUCCACUUUGCCAUGGGGAAACACAACCUGGGCAUCUUUUACUUUAAGAAAGCACUUCAAGAGAAUGACCACACCUGUGCACAACUAGGAGAUGGCAAAAAUGGACAGGCUAAAAAGUUCACAGGUAUCCCGAUGUGUGCUCUCCUGGCGAAUAAGCGCUAUGAGCUGCUCUAUAAUUGUGGCAUUCAGCUGCUGCACAUCGGUCGGCCGCUGGCAGCCUUCGAGUGUCUGAUGGAAGCGGUGCAGGUGUACCACUCAAACCCACGGCUCUGGCUACGACUCGCUGAGUGCUGCAUCGCUGCCAACAAAGGGAGUUCUGAACAGGAGAGUAAAGGUCUGCCCAGUAAAAAAGGAAUAGUUCAGUCCAUCGUAGGGCAGGGCUAUCAUCGCAAGAUCGUCUUGGCAUCACAGUCUACGCAGAACACAACCUACAGCGAGGGCCAAUCAGCAGCAAUCCCAGUAGCCAGUAUGGAGUUUGCGGCGAUCUGUUUGAGGAAUGCUCUGCUUCUACUGCCGGAGCACCAGCAGCAUGACAGCAAGCCAGACAACGGCUCAAAGAGCUCCAGCCAAUCGGGAAGCACGGAGAGCGGCAGUGAGAACAGCGAUGCCUGCAGCGGAAAGGGCCAAGAGGGGGACAAGUUUAUUCCUGCAGCUCCUUCAUCACCCCUCAGAAAACAGGAAGUUGAGAACCUCAGGUGCUGUAUUUUAGCCUGUAGUGCGUACGUGGCUCUGGCCCUUGGGGACAACUUGAUGGCUCUUAACCAUGCAGAUAAGCUGCUACAUCAGCCCAAGCUGUCAGGAUCCCUCAAGUUCCUGGGCCAUCUGUACGCUGCUGAAGCUCUGAUCUCUCUGGACCGAAUCUCUGAUGCUAUCGCUCACCUCAACCCAGAGAAUGUUACUGAUGUGUCACUAGGUGUGUCACCCAGUGAACAGGAUCAAGGUUCGGAUAAAGGGGAUCUGGAGCCAGUGGAAUCUUCAGGGAAGCAGACACCUCUUUGUUACCCCAGUACUGUCAGCUCAGCGAGGGCCAUGAUGCUUUUUAACCUCGGCAGUGCUUACUGUCUCCGGAGUGAAUAUGAGAAAGCACGCAAGUGUCUCCAUCAGGCUGCAUCUAUGGUCAAUCCAAAGGAGAUCCCCCCAGAAGCCAUUCUACUGGGUGUCUAUCUAGAGCUGCAGAACGGUAACACACAGCUGGCUCUCCAGAUCAUCAAACGGAACCAGUUACUCCCGUCAGUCAAGCCCUCGUCCUCUCCAGACCUGCGCAAAAAGCCUCCGCCCUUCCAGCCCGCGCAGCCCAUUCAGCCCAUACAGAUGCCCUCUUCCUUCACACAAGUACAGCGCAAAUGAUUUACACACACACACCCCAGUGUCAUACACUGUUUUAACACUCGUACUAUUUAUGAGCAGCUGGAGCAGCUCGGCCAAGAAACGUGAAGGUAGACAGGACUCCUCUCUUUUCAUUGGAGAGAAGUUGCUUCCUGAGAACUCAUCAUCUGUUAAAACUGUAUAUUGACGUCAUCUGGGGUCUAUGAAAUCCUAAAUAAAUUUUAUUUACACUAA